UGCAAUGCUCCAGUACUGCGUUAGUAGGGCCAUGUUUUAGCCCGCUCUCGGUUUUAAGCAGCGCCACAGUUAAACGGUGUAUUUUAGAAGAUCUUAGAGUUUCGUCCUUGCAGGUUUGUUUAUUGUUUUGGGACGAGUGUAAGGACUAAGCCGUCAAGAUGCCGCGGAUUAUGAUUAAAGGUGGCGUCUGGCGCAACACUGAGGAUGAGAUCCUCAAAGCAGCUGUAAUGAAAUAUGGCAAAAAUCAAUGGUCCCGCAUUGCCUCUCUGCUGCACAGAAAGUCAGCCAAACAGUGUAAAGCUAGAUGGUAUGAGUGGCUGGAUCCCAGCAUUAAGAAAACAGAAUGGUCUCGUGAAGAAGAAGAAAAGCUGCUGCAUCUGGCCAAGCUUAUGCCCACCCAGUGGAGAACAAUUGCCCCCAUCAUUGGCAGAACAGCUGCACAGUGUCUGGAGCACUAUGAAUUUCUUCUAGACAAAGCUGCUCAAAGAGACAAUGAAGAAGACACAGCAGAUGACCCUCGCAAACUCAAGCCAGGGGAGAUCGAUCCUAACCCCGAGACAAAGCCAGCCAGGCCAGAUCCCGUGGAUAUGGAUGAAGAUGAAUUGGAGAUGCUGUCUGAAGCCAGAGCUCGUUUAGCAAACACACAGGGCAAAAAGGCCAAGCGGAAAGCCAGGGAGAAACAGCUUGAGGAGGCCAGGCGUUUGGCAGCCCUGCAGAAGCGCAGAGAGUUACGUGCUGCCGGCAUCGAUAUUCAGAAGAAGAGAAAGAAGAAAAGAGGUGUAGACUACAAUGCAGAGAUUCCUUUCGAGAAGAAGCCUGCUCAGGGAUUCUAUGAUACGUCUAUGGAGCAAUAUGAUCCUCUUGAGCCUGACUUCAAAAGACUUCGCCAGCAGCAUCUUGAUGGCGAGCUCAGAAAUGAGAAAGAGGAAAGGGAGCGUAAAAAGGACAGACAGAAGAUCAAGAAGAAGAAAGAGUCAGACCUUCCCUCUGCCAUUUUGCAGACCAGUGGGGUGUCUGAGUUCACUAAGAAGAGGAGCAAGCUAGUCUUGCCUGCACCACAGAUAUCCGAUGCUGAACUGGAGGAGGUGGUCAAACUUGGCCAGGCCAGUGAGAUUGCGCGGCAAACCGCUGAAGAGUCUGGAAUCACAAACUCAGCCUCCAGUGCUCUUCUUUCUGAAUACAGUGUCACCAAUAAUGCUAUGGCCCUCCGCACACCACAGACUCCUGCAGCACAGGACAAGAUUCUACAGGAAGCCCAGAAUCUGAUGGCACUCACUAAUGUGGACACCCCUCUGAAGGGUGGUCUGAACACACCACUGCACGAGAGUGACUUUUCUGGGGUUACACCACAGAGGCAGGUGGUCCAGACCCCCAAUACUGUACUCUCCACACCAUUCAGAACCCCAAGUCAUGGUGCCGAAGGUUUGACGCCUCAUAGUGGUAUGACCCCAAAGCCUUCAAUGGGAGUGACCCCAGGCCGGACGCCGCUGCGUGACAAACUUAAUAUCAACGCUGAGGACGGUGUUGUGGACUACGCAGACCCAGCUUAUGCCAAGCACCUGCAACGAGAGUCUCGCGAGCAGCUGAGGCUGGGUCUGAUGUCUCUGCCGCUGCCCAAGAACGACUUUGAGAUUGUGCUGCCUGAGAAUGCUGAAAGGGAACUGGAAGAGCCUGAGGUGGACGAGAGCUUUGUGGAGGACGCAGCUGACAUCGAACUACGUAAACAAGUAGCCAGAGAGGCCGAGCGAGAGAAGGAGCUGAGGCAGAGACACACAGCAGUGCAGAGGAAUUUACCCAGACCUUCAGAGGUAAAUGAGACAAUUCUAAGACCUCAGAAUGUGGAGCCCCCACUCACAGAGCUGCAGCAGGCAGAGGAGCUCAUUAAGAAAGAAAUGAUCACCAUGAUCCACUAUGAUUGUCUGCAUCACCUCAACACAGAAGCCCUUGCCAAGAAAGGCAAAGGUGUGGGCUCCAGUUCCAACAAUGCUGAGCACAUUGCCUUCUUGGAUAAAACACCAUACGAGAAAGUCGCAGAGGACGACCUUAAGAAGGCCAAGGAGAUUCUGAAGCAGGAGAUGGACGUGGUGAAGCAUGGUAUGGGCCAUGGUGACCUUUCCAGUGAAGCCUAUAACCAGGUUUGGGAGGAGUGCUACAGCCAGGUGCUGUAUCUGCCUGGGCAGAACCGCUAUACCAGAGCCAACCUGGCCAGCAAGAAGGACAGGAUUGAGUCCCUGGAGAAGAAACUGGAGGUUAACAGAGGGCACAUGACAACAGAGGCCAAACGUGCAGCUAAGAUGGAGAAGAAGAUGAAGAUCCUGCUGGGCGGGUACCAGUCUCGGGCCAUGGGUCUGAUGAAGCAGCACAGUGACCUGUGGGACCAGGUGGAGCAAGCCCACAUGGAGUUACACACCUUUCAGGAGCUGAAGAAGCAGGAGGACAUGGCCAUCCCACGCAGACAGGAGGCCCUGAGAGAGGAUGUACAGAGACAGCAGGAACGAGAAAAAGAGCUCCAGCAGCGGUUUGCUGACCUCCUGCUCGAGAAGGAAACUCUGGGUUCAGAGAAGUUCUAAAUGUGACUUUUUACAAAGUAUUUGGGACCAUGUCUCUACGCCUUGGUCUGGCUCUACACUGGUUGUAAUAUAAGCAAAACCCAGUUGAAACCUUGAAGUUUUUUCCAGUUUUGAAAAACAGCAUGGAUGUCACCGUGUACCACAUUACUGUCUGAAUCCAUCAGUUUCAGCAGCAGUGAUUUGGCCUCUACUUCUCAAAGCUUGUGAGUUUGGAGUUCAAGUUCAGGCACUUGUGAUCCCAAGGACCAGUCACUCAUAUGGAGUUCUCAAUUUGUUUUUAAAAUCAACAUUUUUUUCAUUUUGUAAAAUCAGCAAGCAUUUCUUUUGUAAAUAAUAUCUGUCUGGCAGUAUGUUUUGUUUUGUUUUGCAAAAUUAGGCCAUUUUGAGGGUUGUACACACAGUCUUGUACCUUUUCAUUGGAAUGUCGAGAUCAAGGGAAACUGUAUUCUCGAUGGCUGUGAGAGUAUUUGUUGUUAGCGCAAUAAACCAUCAGCUUCGGGA